CUUAAAACCCGUGUCAAAGCCUAAGAGGACAGAUAAUAAAGAACGGAGGGAGUAAUGUUUUGCAUGAUGCUGUAAUAAAAAUAAAACUAACUAUCUACCUAACUUAUUCGAGAUGAGUUAAUGCUUUGCCUUACAGGCUUCUGAGGCUCACAUUACUUACUUUCAAGGAAAGUGCAAUUUAAUGACGUGCAUCGGUGCAUAUGUCAAUUUAUUGUGAUGAUGUGUCUUUAUGAUUUCAAUGCUUUACCUUAAUUUGGCUGAUAUUUGAAAAUAUUGUGGCGGUGAAAUUUGAAUUCCAUGUAAACAGAAUUUGAGGGAAUUAAAUACGACUCAAAGUUUGUUCUUUUGUUAGAACAAAAACUUUGAAAUUUUAAAUACUUAUGUGGUUGUUAAGUAUUUCGUACUUAAGGUACUAGAACCUCUAGGGUUUAGAAAAACCUCCUAGGGUUAGCCGCCGCUGGGGUCAUUUCCGUUUUCGAUUAUUGAUUGAAGAACGGUGCCAGGUUUUCAUCGCGUUUUGCAGCACUCGUUUUUGUCGAGGUCCUUGUAUACUCGGUGGCUGUUUUUUUUAUUUUUCGUUCUCGGCCGAUACAGACGUAGGAAAAGGGAGAAUCGGAAGGGGCUCUUUCGACGGAGGAUAUCGUCCAUUAUUACAAGAAGAUGGCUAUUGGCGAAGAUGACAAUGAACUCAACUUUGAUGAGGAAGCUGGGGAGAUUGAAGAAACCAAAGAUAGAAUGGAGUUUCCGGUGGUCGGAGUUGUACUUAUGGACCGAAAAAUCAGUUUUCAGGCAUUUAAAGAGCUUUUGGCUUCAAUCUGGCGUCCGGAGAAAGGGAUCUCCAUCAAAGAAAUUGGAGAUCAAAGGUACAUGUUUACUUUCUAUCAUAUUGUGGACAUGAACCGUGUAUUUGAGGAUGGUCCUUGGUUGUUUGAGAGAGAUCUGCUUCGCUUAAAAGCAGUUCAACCAGAUGAUAUCCCUGAAAAGAUGAUUUUGUGUGAGACUGACUUCUGCGUACAGGUCCACAAUGCACCUUUUAAAUUUAGAAACUUGGGUUCUGCUAGGAGAAUUGAAAAUUAUAUUGGCACUUUUAUUAGCUUUGAUAAGAACUAGUUUGAGGAAAAAUGGAAAGCUUACAUGAGAAUUAAGGUGUGCAUGGAUAUGAGAAAACCUCUGAAGAAGGGAACUAGUUUAAAAAAAGAGGGAAUUGGACAUUGGGUAGAUUUUAAAUAUGAGAAACUACCUAAUUUAUGUUUCUUGUGUGGGGUGAUUGGCCAUUCUGAUAAAUUCUGCCCCUUGAAAUAUGAGGAUGGUAUUGUGUUGGAGAAAACUUUUGGGGUUGAACUUCGGGCUGGUGGAGGGGGGAAGACCGGGCUUACAGGGGCCAAUAAAUGGCUAGUGGAGAAUACUUCGGGCUCGGGGGUGCUAGGUUUCAGCAGAAGAUAGAUCUUGAGAGUGAAGGCAUAGGGGCACAAAACAGACGUGAGUUCUCAGCAGAGACAUGUAACAAUGCGUCAAAGAAGGACGAGAUGGACAACACGAAGGAUGUUCUGGGGGAGGCAAAACGCAGGAUGAUUUGGGGAGGCCAAGCAAGAGAGGGUGCAGCUGGUGAGGGCAUGUCACUAGAUGACUCAAAAAAUGGAGAGGCGGCGGGUUAGGACUGCUAGACCCUCCUGACCCGCUGGUGGUGCACUUGGUGUUUCUACUCAAGAGAACUAACAUUGGCGUUUAUUUUUUGUGUUUUUACAUUUUAAUUUCCACGUUAAGACGAUUGUGUUUUGUUUUACUUUCCUUUUUUGCUGUAAGGCCGAUGCACUUGGAUU